CUAUACAUUGGAGAUGCUCUAACCCAUCCAAUUAUUCAAAUUUCAAAACCUCCAAAACCUACACAAAUGGCUAGUCUAUUUGCCACCAAGAAGAGGGGCUGUUUGGAUCCACGCUAAAUUCAUUUUACUCCUAAAAUUCGCCUCGCAGUGAAACCCAUCAAUGGUGUGCGAGCGCGUGUCAAGGACGAAGACGAAUCAUGGAGCAAACGAUGUACGGUAAUGAGGCACCCCCCAACACCGCCGUACUAUAUCCCGACCCAGAGAAUCCGCACCCUCCGUUCGCAAACGAUGAGGAAGACGGCGGCGGCGAGGAUUCCAUGGAUGAUGUUUCUCCUCACCUCCAAUACGAACCGCACUCUCAUUCCCAGGCUCUCCACGACGGCGCCAUGGAGACUGACGCAUCGGUGGACGGCAUUUCCUCUCGCGGUUUCUAUGCUCCGGCAGGAUUGGAGAGCGUUUCCGGCAUGGCGGCCGGAUCUGGGGCUGAUCAGCUUACCCUAUCUUUUCAGGGCGAAGUCUAUGUAUUCGACGCCGUUUCACCUGAAAAGGUUCAGGCAGUGUUGCUGCUGUUGGGUGGAUAUGAAGUGCCCUUAAGCUUUCCCACUGAUGGGGUACCUUCCCAAAAUCAAAGGGCAACAAGUGAAUUUCCUGGAAAAUUGAAUCAGCAUCAAAGGGCUGUUUCUUUGAACCGGUUCAGGGAGAAGAGGAAAGAUCGAUGCUUCGAUAAGAAGAUUCGAUAUACUGUGAGGAAGGAAGUUGCACUGAGGAUGCAGCGUAAGAGGGGUCAGUUUGCAUCUCCCCAGUCAAUGUCUGACGGUUCAUCUUCUGCAGAUUGCAACUCAAAUUCCGGACAAGAAGAUCAGGAAACAUUCUGUAGUCAUUGCGGAAUUGGCUCCAAGUCUACACCUAUGAUGCGACGUGGACCAGCUGGCCCGAGGUCACUUUGCAAUGCAUGUGGGCUCAAGUGGGCCGCCAAGGGGCUUUUGGGAGAUGUGUCUAAAGCUCCAUCCACUCAUGUUCAUGACCACAAUGUCAGCUAGCCUGGUGAACAGGAAUCCUAACUUUAAUGCAACUAUAUUCCUUGUUCUAAAGCAACAAUGGAGAAGCGAGCCGUUUUGAUGAUGCCGUUAUUUCUAAUCGGGCCCCACCGCCGACUGCCGUAGGGUGACAAACACUCACCAGUUCACAACUUGUAUACAUAUAUAGUUUUAAGGAGUUGGAACUGAUGGAAUGACAGUAAAUUGAACAUUGUGGUAUUGAGGUAAUUCAGUGUACAUAGAAACCUUGUAGUGUUCAGUGAGAUUUGUGCCAGAGGCCCAGAAGUUAAUGUAUAAGAAGACUCCACUUCUCCUAACAUUGUUAUGUUAAGCCAUUUGUGACCUAGUCACUCAACUUAGUUUUGCU